UGCCUAUGAGUCUACAUGCAGUAUAGAAAUCACCUAACAUGUGCAAUGAAGGGUUGAUUGGCAAAUGAAAAGUUGCCACGUCAAAAGUAAAAAUCAAAACAAAUAGAAGGCCACGUCUGCUAGGUCUCUUUACCCUCGUUCUCUUCAUUAUUGUUUUGCCCUUUUCAGUAACCGAACGAAGCGGACAGAAAAGCCCUAAUCUCUACAAUUCUUCCGGUUGCUCUCUCUCACUACACUGCCGACCAACCAUUUACCAAGAUCAAAAAGAUCAGGUCAAUGGACUCUAAUGAAGAAAAUAAAGAGAGGUGUCAGAGUCCAAGAGGUUCUUCUUCUGAUAUGAGUCAGGUGGUUAUUGCUGGUUUUUGUGGUCAGAGUGAAGGAGGUGAAAGCCUGAAGAAUGUUGUAAAGAAUAGAGUGGUUAAUGAUGGUGAACAUGAUGAGAACCAGAGCCCAAAUGUUUCAUCUGUUGACAUUGAUGGUGAGGAAUGUCAAACCCCAAAAUUAUCUUCUGUUAAUGAGUGUGAAAUGGAUGUUGAUUAUAGUCGUUUUGAGUCUUCCUCGGUGGAUUUAUCAGAAUCUGGCAGUGGUGUUAAGGAUGAGGAAGAAGACUUAUAUUUGGUUCCAGAUGUUGGGAUUGAGUUUGAAUCAGAAGACCAUGCUUACAAAUGUUAUAGUAGAUAUGCUGUUUUGGAAGGUUUCAGUAUCAGAAAAGAUUUUGUAAACAAAAGUAGGAUAGAUGGUGCAGUGGUUUCCAGAAGAUACACUUGUUAUAGGCAAGGCUAUCGGCCCGUCAGGCCGAAUAGUAAUGCCAGGAAACCACGGCAGGAGACUAGAACUGGCUGUUUAGCACAUAUGACUAUAGCACGCCAAACCAAUGACAAGUUCCGUGUCACUCAUUUUGAAACGAAGCACAAUCAUGAGUUUGUUAACUCUUCAACAACUCACAUGUUACCAUCACAGAAGAGGUUGACUUUUGCUCAAGCAGUUGAGGAUGAGUUAUCUAAUCAUUGUGUGAUAGAUGGUGUACCAAAGCUUGGAAUGGGGUUUAACUCAGAAGAUCAAGCAUAUGAGUUUUACAAUACAUAUGCUGGACGAGUAGGCUUCAGUGUUAGGAAAGAUUAUGUAAAUAGGAGUAAGAUAGAUGGUGCUGUGGCAUCUAGAAGAUUUACUUGCUUCAGAGAAGGUUUUAGGCAGAGAGACAAACGCGAUAUGAACGUGAAGAGGCCUCGAAAGGAAACUAGAAUAGGAUGUUCGGCGCAGUUGGUCAUUUCUAGACAGUCUGAUGGUAAAUAUAGGAUUACUCACUUCGAGGAAAAACACAAUCAUGAGCUAGUUGCUCCUUGUAGAAUUCACAUGUUAAGAUCACAGAAGAGAUUAGUUGUGACACAAGUUGAAGAAGGUAGUUUAGUAGAUAGUUCUAAUGGUCAGCAACAGGCAAUACCAGCUUCGGAUUUAAUGUGUAAGACAGUUAGAGAUAUAGAUUAUAAAGGUAAACUACCAUCCAAAUGUACAAGAGAAAUAAGGGAAGGAGAAGGUGUUAAAAUGCAGCAAUAUUUUAUUGGCAAGCAUUCUAAAAACCCUUCCUUUUUCUAUGCUAUGCAACCUGAUGCUGAUGGUCAAAUAACAAAUGUCUUUUGGGCUGAUGCAAAGAUGGUGAUGGACUAUGGUGAUUUUGGUGAUGUUGUUUGCUUCAAUACGAGUUACAAACUACAUAAAGACUGCAGACCUUUUGCACCUUUUAUUGGAAUAAAUCAUCAUAAACAAAUAGUGAUAUUUGGUGCUGCACUUUUGUAUGAUGAAACACUUGAAUCAUACAAGUGGCUUUUUAGAACUUUCUUAGAGGCUAUGUCAGGUAAGAAACCAAAGACUAUCCUCACUGAUCAAGAUGUGGUAAUGGCUGAGGCAAUCAAUACAGUGUUGGUAGGAGCACAUCAUAGAACUUGUCUGUGGCAUCUAUACCAAAAUGGAGUCAAACAACUUGGUUACAUGUUUGCAGGGUCAAGUUCUUUUAUUAAUGAUUUAAGCCGUUGCUUUUUUGAUCAGGAAGAGGAAGAAGAUUUCAUUAAUGCAUGGAAGGCUAUGUUGGAUCUGUACGGUCUAUGGGAAAAUGAUUGGUUACAUCAGAUAUAUGAAAACAGAGAAAAAUGGGCCAUACCAUAUAGAAGGCAUAUUUUCUCUGCUGACAUGGAACGUUCAUUACAAUUCGAAACUUUUACUACAAGCUUGAGAAAGUACUUGAAUCCCGAUUCGGAUGUCAUUCCCUUGUUAAAGCAUCUAGCUAAAUUAGUGAAUGAUUUUCACUACAAAGAAUUGGAAGCUAACUAUGAUAUGAGCCAACACCCUCCAAAAUUAAUGGGGGAUGUAAUUUUUUUGAAGCAUGCAAGGGAUUUCUACACUCCAUCUGUAUUUGAAUUGUUCCAGCAUGAAUAUGAGACAUGUCUAAAUAUGGUUGUGAACCGAUGCACGAACAGUGAGGCGCUAUUCCAGUACAGAGUUAGUCUAUAUGGGCAACAGAGGGAGUACACAGUUACUUUUGAUUCAGCGGAUGACACGAUUUGCUGCAAUUGUAUGAAGUUUGAGUGUGUUGGAGUUUUGUGCAGCCAUGCAAUGAAAGUGCUCGACUAUAGGAACAUAAAGCUUCUUCCAACCAAGUACAUCUUGAAGAGAUGGACAAAAGAUGCAAGAGUCUGAAACUGAGUUAGUUGGCUACUUAUAGCAUGAGAAGACUAUCUCAUACUUCUUGGAUGUAACAGUAACUUAUAAUUAGAUAUAGUUGCUGGAUUUGGAGUAACAGCAGAUUUUGUUCAAACAAUAUGUGAAGAAAAUAAUAGGAACAAGCAAACACUGUACAUAAAAUCAGAGCAUUGUAUAAAGAAUGUUUCUUUUCUUUUCUCAA